CUAAUUUACAAUUGCAUAUUUUGGCUUAUCACUAGGCAACAUUGCAGGACAUGUAGUAUUUAUUAUAAACUGAACUUCACUUUUCUUGAUUUCCCUGCUGUCAUAUUCUCAAUGGAAGUGCACUAUAAAUUAUGUUGUCUUUUGGAUGAUGAUGAGAAGUGUGGUAGACCAGCUGGCAAUGCAGCUUACAAUAAGAGAAUACAGCGCAAUGUUGCUCAGCGCAAACUCAAGCUUCAUCUUGAUCCUGAUAGCUCCCACAACUACAUCUGUGAGCACCACAAGCACCUCAUCCAGAGCGUGAGGAUGAAACGCAAGCGCCGUGACUCAGACGAGGAGCUCAUAGAGCCUGACCAGCUCGCAUCUGCCUCCAUGCCUGGCAGCUCUUCAGACACUCCUGAAGUUGAGCUUGCCAACCUCCAGGUCAAUACAUUGAGGCGAUUUAAAAAGCAUUACAAAAUCAACACAAAACCUGGCCUAAAUAAAGCUCAGCUUGCAGAUAUUUUGUGGCGUCAAUUCGUGACGAUACCAGUUAUAGAGAAGGAGUGCCUCACCUACUUCAUUUACAUGAUCAAGAACAAUAAAUCCAAGUUUGAUCAACGGAACAAUAACACCGCUACAACUGGCAGCUCUUCUCAGUGUGACAUCUGACAAGACGGUCCUGAUGUCCCACGAAUCGUUUAAUUAUUUAUUGAAUACAUAUAAUUCCAUGUAAAUUAGGUUUUUCUUCUGAUUCUAUUCCACUUUGGUCAAUGUGAAGUUUUUACUGUUUUCAAUUUGAUAUUGUUUAACAUCCUGGGUACACAUUGUGAAAAGACGAUUUUUCCAUAAGUUAUCUUCAAUAUUCAAAACUAGAAUUAUUCUCAAAUAGCUCUUCCAUGCAAAAGAAAAAUUUAAGAAAGAUUGCUUGCACUUUUGGAUUGAUUUUUAAACAUGUAUUUAUAUACCACCUAUACACGCCUUUUGUCUCAGUGACUUGUAUUUUAUGACAAUGAACUUCCAGCCCUUUCAGAGCUUUAAGGAAAUAAUUUAUGUACGCGUUGAAGUUUUUUCUUUUUUUAACAGAUUCAGUAGUGUUAGAAUUUUUUCAUUGAUUUUUAGCAUUUAAACUUGUUAUUUCUGCAGUGAUACCUAA